UAGCUAUUUAACCACUCGCCAACCCACGGAGCUUUCCACACACUCCCGUCCCGUUUCCUUCAUAAUUUCACCCACCCCGCUUGCUUCUGGGCUCUGCCAAGACCGUGCUCCGGAGGGAAGAGGGCCGCCAAGGCGCCAGCGAUGGGCGAGGCAGCUGGAGAGGAGGCGAAGAAGGCUCUGCGAAUCGCCGCCACCGACGGCGACGGCGCGUCGACCCGGGUGUCCGUGGCGCCGGCGGAGCAGCAGUGCCCGCCGCCAUUAUUGCCGGCUGCGGCUGCUGGCGUCGCCGGCGGCGGCUCUGUUUCGGUGCAGAGAUGCGGCGAGGACGACGACGGCGAUGGCGACGGCGAGAAGGUGGAGAGGUUCUACGCGCUGAUCGCCAACAUCCGGGCACUGAGGGGCCUGUGCAGCGCCGGGGAGAGCGGCGGCGGAUCGGCCGCCGGCCGGGGGAGGAAGCGGGAGCGGGAGGCGGAGGCGCCGUGGAGGCCGGCGUUCCGGAUGGAGGACUUCGAGGAGGAGGUCAGUCAGGUCACGGCCAACGCGCGGAGCGCCGUGAAGAAUCGGGGAGCCACUGGCGGCGGCGGCGCGAGGCUGCCGGCCGCGGCCAGAGCGAGAGCCGCCGCCGCCGACCACGAGGAAGACGAGCACGAGCACGAGGUCGCGGAAGCGCGCGGAAAGAAGCUCCGUCGCCGCGUCGCAGCGCAGGGGUGACCCGUGCUGACCUCGACCUAGCUAAGCUAGGAUAGAUGGUCGAAUCGAACACCGCCUAUGCUCGGAGGGAUUCUCAUGCUAGAUUUCCCUUGUAACUAUGUACCCCUGUCGGAUCACUCUGCCAGUACUCAAUACGGAAUGAUAUGUUCGGCCCUUGUAUGCUACUACCUUGCUGCUCAGUUACUCUCUCUAAAUACGUCAUUUUUCCUCCUCCA